AUGAUGAGAGACUUCCUCCGUGGACAGCAGCAGCGGGAGGACAGAUUCAUCGCUGCCCUCCAAGGUUUGGAAGCCUCUUUUUCCAGGGCAGAGCACCAUUCUGGUCGGCGGCGUAACAUCAGUCCCAAAGCCGCUGGACCAAGCUCAGCUGCAGUGAGUAGCCCAAGGUUGGAUCUGCCAACACCAGCUGCAACGUCCCGUCGACGGCAUCCAGUGGCACAGGAGGACUCCAGCUGGUCAGAUCAACCACAGAGCAGAGUCAGUUUACAGCCACCUGAUUGGAGACCUUACAUGGAGCCAAAGGUCCCUCCAUAUCAGACAGGUGAGGACAUUGAAAAUUACCUGCUACGUUUUGAACGGAUUGCCAGGACGUGGAGAUGGCCAGAGACUGAGUGGGCAUGUCGCCUGGUGCCACUGCUGUCCGGAAAGGCGUUGGAGGCCUACACAGCAAUGGACGAGCAGCAAGCCCACAUCUACAAGGACCUGAAAGACGCACUCCUGGUAAAAUUUGACAUCUCGCCAGAGACUUACCGUCAGCAGUUCCGGUCUACUGUGGUGCCAUCUGGGGAGAAUCCGACUGAGACAUACCACCGCCUGAAGGGCCUCUACCGUCACUGGAUCCGCCCAGAGCAACACAGCAAGGAGCAGAUCGGGGAGAUCGUCAUCCUGGAGCAGCUGCUGCGUGUGCUUCCAGCUGACGUGAGGACGUGGGUGAAGGAGCACAACCCGGAGGAUGGCCUCACCGCUGCCCGGCUUGCGCUGCAGUAUCUCAACGCUCGACGAGGAGCGUCUGCACGGCCGUCGGGUGGGGAUCAGCGUCUUCCCAUUUCAACCGCUCCACUGAGACCUGCACGGAGAGACUUCCAUCAGGCAACGCAAGGUACCAACCCAGCACCUAACCAGCGAGCGGCGGGUAAGGACCUUGUGUGUUUCUAUUGCCAGCAGAUUGGUCACAAAGCCUCCGUAUGUCCAAUCCGCAAGACUAAAUUCACAGGUGCUUGCUACGCACCCAGGCCAGAGACUGUCACAGGAGCAGGGCCUGUGCACAUGGACAAAGACACUUUCCAGCCACUUAAACAGCUGAAGGUGAACACCUACGGUUAG